UUGAGCUUUAGCACAUGCUCCACGAAGGGAAUGCACUCGCAGAUUGCUUGACUAAGGUUGUGUGUUGAGCUUUUUUUCUUUAAGCUUCUUGUACCAAAAAAAUUAUGAGUUGAGAACCAUUUUUACUGUGGGGCCCACCUUUUAAUCAUCCAAAUCUUUGUGAUUGGGGUGGCCCCCACAGUAAAAAUAAAUUAUUCACGAACGCUCCUCCCUCUCUGCGUGAAUGGACUCGUCGACGCCGGUGAAUUGCGAAGCUUUGGACGCCGUCGUCAGCGAAGAUUCCUCCGCCGCUCUCUCUCCAUCUUCUUCCCGAUCUCCUCCGCUUCCACGCUCCUUCCAUUCUUCUGUUUUGUUGCUCUAACUACCAUUACCAACACACCAAACCCCAUGCACCUGAACUCUCUGCUGCAAGCAUGCUCUGCUUCCAAAUCUCUCAACCAAGCAAAGCAACUUCACCACUACAUGCUUCUCCACGGCUCACACCGCAAACCCUUCUUCACCACCAAGCUCAUCCAAAUCUACGCCGACUGCGACGACCUUCGCUCUGCCCAUUCCUUGUUCCGCCAACUCCCCCAACCCAACGUCUUCGCUUUCACCUCCAUCCUCGCCUUUCACUCCAGGCACGGCCUCGCACGCCAAUGCAUCGAAACGUACGCUGAAAUGAGGUUCAAGGGUGUUUCGCCAGAUGGGUAUGUCUUCCCCAAGGUGCUCAAAGCGUGUGCUCAAUUAGCAGCAUUAUUGGAAGUGGGUGUUGUGGUGCACAAAGAUGUUGUGGUUUUCAGGUGGGAUGUUGACUUGCGAGUUUGUAAUUCUGUGUUGGAUAUGUAUUCAAAGUGUGGGGAUGUUGAGGGUGCAGCUCGGGUGUUCGAUGAAAUGCGUGAGAGGGAUGUGUUUUCGUGGAAUUCCAUGAUGUCGUGUUAUGUGUGUAAUGGGCUGUCUCAGAGGGCUGUGGAGGUGUUGGAGUCUAUGAGGGUGGAUGGGUGUGAGCCUGAUGUUGUCACUCGGAACACGGUGAUGGAUGCUUAUUGCAGGAUGGGGCUAGUUAGUGAGGCCUCGAAGGUUUUUGAACAGAUUAAGGAUCCUAAUGUUAUUUCUUGGACGACGUUGAUCUCAGGUUACUCCAGUGUUGGUAGGCAUGGUGUUUCUUUGGGAAUUUUCAGGGAAAUGGUAAAUGAUGGUAUGGUUUUCCCUGAUGCGGGUGCUCUUUCUGGUGUCCUUGUUUCAUGCCGGUGCUUGGGGGCUUUGGCCAGUGGGAAGGAAAUACAUGGUUAUGGUCUGAAAAUCAUGCCUGGGGAAAUUUUUUACAGGUCUGCUGGUGCUGCCUUGUUGACAUUGUAUGCCCGUUGCCGUAGACUUCAUGAUGCUGAAAAUGUGUUUCACAGAAUGGAUAAAUCUGAUGUUGUUACAUGGAAUGCCAUGAUUUUUGGUUUCAUUGACACAGGGCUGGGGCAUUUGGCUGUUGAAUGUUUUGGAGAAAUGCAAGAAAGAGGAGUAAAGAUUGAUCAUACCACUAUAUCUACCAUAUUGCCUGUUUGUGAUUUGAGAUGCGGAAAACAGAUACAUGCAUAUGUUAGUAAAACUGAUUUCAAUUGUAGUAUGAUUCCAGUUUACAAUGCAUUAAUUCACAUGUACUCAAUCUGUGGAUGCAUUGCAUAUGCAUAUUCUGUGUUUUCCACCAUGGUUGAGAGGGACUUGGUUACAUGGAACACGAUUAUUGGAGGGUUUGGAAUGCAUGGACUUGGCCAAACUGCUUUGAAGCUUUUGCGAGAAAUGAGUGAUUCAGGCAUUAACCCUGAUUUAGUGACUUUUUCUUCAGCACUUUCGGCUUGUAGCCAUUCAGGACUUGUGGAUGAUGGGAUUGAACUCUUCUACAGAAUGACAAAAGAUUUUUGCUUAACCCCAGUAAAGGAACACUAUUCAUGUGUUGUUGACAUGUUGGGUCGGGCAGGUAGGCUUGAAGAUGCUUUUCAUUUCAUUAACCAAAUGCCCUUGGAACCAGAUAAACAUAUUUGGGGAGCUUUACUCUCUGCUUGCCAAGAGAACCAAAAUAUUAGUGUUGGUAAGCUGGCGGCAGAAAAAUUGAUCAGUUUGGAACCUCUUGAAGCUAGUCAUUAUGUGACACUGUCAAAUCUAUACUCAAGAGCCGGAAGAUGGGAUGAUGCUGCAAGAAUAAGGGUGAUGAUGGAAGGCCAAGGAUUGUUGAAGCCAUCUGCACAUAGUUGGAUUGGUACUGGAAGUUAACUUAGUGGUGAAAGACAGCAUAAUCACAUCAAUAUUUUGCUCCUGCUUUAAGUUCAAAGUGUUACCAUGUAUUGUCAAAAUGCAACUAUUAUUGAAUUGCCUUGGGAUGCGAUGGACAAUGAUCAUUGACAGCAAUGGAAACAAACUAUGAUACUUACUAAAGACACUCAACAAGUGUUUGUUUCAAGAACAUCGAGGAGCUAAAUAACGCUUACUACGACAGAAUGGAGGUGAGACAAUAGAAGGUGCUACGAUGGCAAAGGACAUAGGAGAAGCUAGAGAAGAAGCAGAUCAAUUAGAACAAAUUGAGAAGAGAGGAAUCCAAGAAUUCAACCAAGCAGCAUUAUGGCAGGUUUGCGCUUGAGGUGGUGGGGUUCUGGCUGUAUCAAGAUAGUGUUUAACCUGCUACUCUAUUCCUGCAAUUUUGGCAGGGAGUGGUCUGUAUCAGCUUUGGUUUGAGACUGUGCGGCUUGUUUUGGUGAGUGAGCAUGGUUGUGUGGUGUGAACAAGGUGGGUGUGGCGGGUAGGGAGCAAUAAUAUGAAUUUUGGGUGUGUUCGUUACAGUGUGGUGAGGUUUGUAGGCCAAGGGAAGAGAAGGGAUGUCAAGCCUUUUCUUGUCUGAUAUGGUGGCAUAAUGUAUGAAUGGAGGGCUGUAUAUGGUUUUGUAAACCACAUGUGCUGUAGAUGAACAAUCCUAGGCCAAUGUAAGUUGAGUUAGCAGAUUAGGUGGUUUACCGUGAAACAUCGACUUCUAUGCUGGAUAGUUCACUCCAUGUACAUAUCUAAUAUUUGCAAUGUGGUCUGGUUUGUGAUGCAGGUGAUAGUGUAAUGAAAGGGGCAUGAAUAUAUUUCUACA